UGCGCCGUUUCCGAUGCAACAAAACGCAAUGAGACUGAGCACGUGCGCCGUCGUGGUGCUGCUGGCCGCUUUGGCCGCCGCCAAACCCCAGAACGAUGUGGCCGAGACCUUCGAACUCGAGGUCCUGGAAAAACUCAACACUGCCUGUGCCCAGCAGAAGGAAACCAGCGCUUGCAUCAAGCUCAAGGUCAUUGCUUACAUGAACAAGUUGAUGAAGAAAGCCUCCAUUGAGGUGACCGAGGAUGUUGUCCUGACUCGCAACCCUGAGGCCGUUCCCGAAAUCUAUGAGCUUUCCAGCCCCCGUGACAUCGGAUCUGAAGACGCCCUGGCCCUUAUGGCCACCAAGGUCCGCAACUUUGUCAAGUCUCGCGAGCUCCACUGGGCCAUCGCCCCCGAAACCGACGUUGUUGUUUCCACCGACAAGAAUGCCGAACACAUCAAUGUCCGUCUUGCCGACACUGGCCGUUCUGCCGAAACUGCUCGUCUGCACAAAUUCAAGACUCUGUACGCGUUGGGCGCCGCCGCCAUCACCAAGAUUUCCAUCUUCGCCGUGCUCAAGUUCAUCGCCCUGGCCAUCCUGGUCUUCAAGGCCGUGGUCAUUUCCAAGCUGGCCCUGGCCGCCGCCGUCUUGCUCGGCAUCCGCCACCUGACCCAGCCCCACGCCGUGACCUACGAGGUCGUGUCGCACCCCCACGUGCUCGACCACGACAGCUACUCGGCCGGAAGCAGCAGCUACGGCGCCGCCGCCGCCGCCACCUCCACCGGCUACGCACGUGCCGACCACGUUUCGCCCUACCGUGCCCACGCACCUGCCCGCCAUCCUCGCUCCAUUUCCCGCAGAGCGACUGACGAAUUUUGUGCAUUUCGGUACUGCUGCUUUUUGUGUUGUCCCCUGCAAAGUGAUUGUCCGGCCCACCGGCGUAUAAAACGCCUCCGCCACAGGCCGAAAGCAUCAGUAUCCGAAAUGCAUUCGUCCUCCACUUGCAUCGUCCUCGUCCUCCUGGCCGUCGGCGCCGCCUGCCUGCCCGCCGAGUGUCCGCCCGGCGCCGACUCGGUCGGUUGUGUCGCCCGAAACGUCGUCGCCCAACUGUCAAACGACGCCGACGAAGCCGUUCCGGCCAUCCGAAGGCUCUGGGACGGCGUCGAGCUGGUCAAAAUCGAGGGCCAGAAGUUGGAGGAGCCUCUCGAGGGCGCCGAAAACGCCCGGGAUUUGUCCUCGUCGCUGCUGAACAGUGUUAGGAAGUUCGCCUCAGGGUACGAGGUGCGACUCAGACUUCAUGACUUCGUCGAUGGAGCCAUCAAGGACAUUUCUGAGGCUCGUAAGGGCGGUGGUUUCGGAGGCGGCAAGAAGAAGGACGGUGGUGCCAUGAUGAUCGCCAUGAUGAUGGCCGGUAUGAUGAAGGCCAUGGCUCUCGGCGCCCUGGGACUUUUGGCCAUGAAGGCCCUCACCGUCAGCUCCCUCGCCUUCCUGCUUUCCGCCAUCGUCGGCCUCAAGAAGCUCCUGAGCAAGGGUGAUGAUGGUGGACACGAAGUGGUGCAGGUCCACGGCCACGGCGGCCACCACGACUACCACCGCCGAGCGAUCGACCUCGCGUCCCACGAAUUGGCCUACAGUGCGCAGAAGACGGCGUGAAGCCCUUUUUAACCUUUUGACCGAAAAGGACGCAGACUGGUGACUUUCCGAGCCAUAAUCAUCAUCAAUCUUCCUUUCAAACUUUUUCACUUCAAUCCAAUUUUCAAGCGUUCUUCCUUUUUCCAAAACUGACUGACAGGACUGUGUGACGAUAAUUUACGACGAUGACGAUCAAGUAAGUUCCUCUCGACGACGGACAAAGAGACAUUACCGUUUUCGCGCCUCUCGUGACUGACGACGCGCUGCUUUUACUUUUGUUGCUCACGAUGUGAAUCAGACGAGAUGUGACGUUAAUUUAUUGUAUU